CUUUCCUCUAGCUUGGCCCGGCCCGUUGGGAGGUUGCGCUUCGAGUCUCCUCUCCGAUGCUCGCGCCAUCGGCCGGCGGCGCCUCCUCCGCCCGCCAUGUUCGGGAGCUCCUGCGGCGGUGCGGCUCCGUGCACCGUCUCAACCAGCUCCACGCCCACCUCGUCGUCCACGGCGUGGACGACGUCACCUCUCAGAUCCUCGCGUCCUACUGCGCGCUACCGGCUGGUGGUGGGGUGUGGUAUGCCCGCCAACUGUUCGACAGAAUUCCUGAUCCGGACAGGUUCGUUUACAACAGUCUUAUCAGAGCCUACUGCAAUAGCCAUUGCCCCCAAGAAGCGCUGCCUCUUCUUCGUGGCAUGAUCCGGCGAGGCAUCCUGCCGAACGAGUUCACGCUGCCAUUCCUCCUCAAGGCGUGCGCGAGGGUACAGGCGUGGGAGCAUGUGAUGGUCACCCAUGGCGUGGUUGUUAAGCUGGGAUUUGUGGGGCAGGUGUUUGUGGGGAAUGCUCUUCUGCAUUCUUAUGCUUCGGCCGGGUCACUGGGGGAUUCUCGCCGGUUCUUUGAUGAGAUGGUGGACAGGAAUGUGGUGUCAUGGAACUCAAUGAUCAACGGAUAUGCGCAGGCUGGAAAUACUAGGGAGGCGUGCUCCUUGUUUGAGGGGAUGAGACGUCAGGGACUCUUGGCUGAUGAGUUCACGCUGGUCAGCCUGCUUUUUGCCUGCUCAGCGGAGGGAAAUCUUGAAUUUGGUAAGCUUGUGCACUCUCAUUUGCUGGUUAGAGGAUGUCGGAUUGAUUUGAUCCUUGCCAAUGCUUUGGUGGACAUGUAUGGUAAGUGUGGGGAUUUGUUGAUGGCUCAUACAUGCUUUGACAUGAUGCCCUUCAAGAAUGCUGUUUCAUGGACAUCUAUGCUUUGUGCUCUGGCCAAACGUGCGUCUAUUGAUGCCGCAAGAGAUUGGUUUGAACAGAUACCAGAGAAGAGCAUAAUAUCUUGGAAUGCCAUGAUCUCUUGCUAUGUUCAAGGUGGCCGAUUCCAUGAAGCGCUGGAUCUUUAUAACCGUAUGAAAUUGCUAGGCCUCGCUCCAGACGAGUUUACCUUGGCUGCUGUCCUCUCUGCCUGUGGGCAACUUGGCGAUUUGGCUUCUGGAAAGAUGAUACAUGACUGUAUCAGAGAUAACUUCCAUAAUCCAGGUGUUGCUCUAUUUAAUUCACUUCUUGACAUGUAUGCAAGGUGUGGUCAGGUAGACACUGCCAUAAGCUUGUUCAGUGAAAUGCCUAGUAAAAAUGUUAUCUCAUGGAAUGCGAUUAUUGGGGCGCUAGCGAUGCAUGGACGUGCACAGGAUGCACUAAUGUUCUUCAGAUCUAUGGUAUUUGAUGCCUUCCCCCCUGAUGAGAUAACCUUUGUUGCUCUUCUUUCUGCAUGUAACCAUGGGGGCCUACUGGAAGCUGGACAAUAUUACUUUCAAGCUAUGAGACAUGUUUACAAUGUUAAGCCUGGCGUUGAGCAUUAUGCCUGCAUGGUUGAUCUGCUUGGCCGUGGUGGCCAGCUAGCAAAGGCUGUUGAUCUGAUCAAAGACAUGCCAAUGAGGCCUGAUGUUGUGGUUUGGGGUGCGUUACUAGGAGCCUGCAGGAUCCAUGGACAUAUACAGAUCGGCAAGCAAGUAAUCAAACAAUUACUUGAGCUGGAGGGAAUGAGUGGAGGCCUGUUCGUCCUAAUUUCAAACAUGCUUUAUGAAACUCACCAGUGGGAAGACAUGAAAAGGCUCAGGAAGCUAAUGAGAGAGUGGGGCAUGAAAAAGAAUAUGGGUGUUAGUUCAAUUGAAACAAACAGUAACAUUCAUGAAUCUGGAGCUGAAGGCAUUGGACAUGAGAGCUCAGACGACAUGUAUGUAGGGGAUGAUAGGUUGCCACAUCAUUUGGUCUUUCCAAAUGCCUUGGCUGUGCCACCAGACCAACUAAAUGUGGAAGAAAGAAAAUCUAUUCUAAAGACCUCCUAGAAUCAAUUAGAACCUUAUGAUGUAGAGUAAAGCACUAUACCGAAUCAAGAUUGGUACUGUGAAUGGUCUAUGUCUUCUCAGGCAAACGUUCACCAUCAAGUAGCUUGACUGUUGAAGCCUGAAGGUGUUCUGCAGAUAUCAUGGUUUCAUGGUUCACUGGACAGUCCACUCAACCAUCAUCAGUACAGAUAGUUAGGUGAGUAGCAUUACAUCUAAAACCCUCAGUAGUCGCUGCCUUCGCUGUGAUGUCUCAACAGUACUGUGAUUUGCGGGAAACUCAAGCUUGGAAACAGUCGAUUCAUCAGAUUGAACAACUGCAGGAUGAGAUCAUAAUCAAGCCUAGUACAUUGAUCAGCUCGUGAUGCUUGUCACAUCUCACAUGGAUUCCUACUGGUACAUCAGUUAACCGGGUCCCUUCACUUCACAGCUUGCCGGUUUGAAGUGCAAUAAAAGAGUGCCCCAUGUGUUGUGCUUCGGCAGUUAAGCGCCGAGUCGACAUGAGUUGCCACUGGAGCCACACCGCCGCAUUAUUAUUGGUUAUUGACCUCCACUGUGCUCAGUGUCCACGUCAAGCCAGCAGAUCUUGGUUUCACAGGCAUGUGGAGAUAAACAAAGGGAGCAGCCAGCACCAACCAGAAUGAUCAAGAUUCCGUUUUAUUAAUUUUCAAGUUUCAUGGACAAACUACUACAGUGGUUCAGAGAUAUAAAAAGAACAAAACAGGCAGACAGAUCUAUACUGCCGUACACUUUGGCAUGAGUGACAGGUCCGAUGAUGGUAUUGUUGUUGUUGGGUGACGAGGUCAACAUGAAAGAAAGGGCGAAAUGCGCUGGCCGGCUUUAUUCGGGACGAGGGGAUCACUGGCGUCACCGCCGUUCCGUGCUGUCCUGUUGGUUGUGCCCAUAUUGAGUAGUAAUAGGUUCCCAAGAACCCAAGAAAACGUCCUAAGGUUUCAUCAAGUACAACUGUGUAUUAAGAAACUUUUGAAGCAAAGCUAGGUGGCUUGUAAUGUUUUUUUUUGUUAACAAAUUAUUAUGCCUUUCGGUCGAAA